UUUUAUUUAUCUUGAAUGUGGUGGCAGGGUUUGUUUACAUCAAUCUCUGUGACCGGCAGCUGCUGUGUCUCAAUUUUCCUCACGUUUAUAAUGGCGGUGGCUUUACUAUCAAGACUAAUUUGUCGGAAUUUAUCCCUAAAUACUAAGAAUAUAUCUGCAACAACAGGAGGGACUGGGGAUCCACUGGUGCAGCGCUUGCUUAAGGGACUGCGGGCAGGCCACCGAGCAAGUUUGGCCGAGUCCAUCACACUUGUGGAAACUUCCCACCCAAAAAAGAAGCUUCAAGCCAGACAACUGUUAACUGAAGUCUUACAAGAUGCCAAAUAUACUUAUUAUUUAUAUGGGACUAAAUCCUUAAGUUUGCGUCUCGGUUUGUCUGGUCCACCUGGGGCUGGAAAAUCAACUUUUAUUGAAAGAUUAGGCAAAUUUUAUACUGCUAAAGGUCAUAAAGUAGCUGUUUUAGCAGUUGACCCAUCUUCAGCAACAACUGGAGGCUCUUUGCUUGGGGAUAAGACCCGAAUGCCUGAACUCUCAAGAGACAUGAAUGCUUACAUUAGACCAUCACCCUCAAGAGGUCAUCUAGGAGGAGUUACUCGUUCAACUAAUGAGGCCAUUGUGUUGUGCGAGGCAGCGGGGUUUGAUAUUAUAAUUGUGGAAACCAUAGGAGUUGGUCAGAGUGAAUUUUCUGUAGUAGACAUGGUAGAUCUCUUUGCUCUUAUUAUUCCACCUGGUGGAGGAGACGAAUUACAGGGCCUAAAGAGAGGUAUUAUGGAGAUGAGUGAUCUUAUUGUGGUCAACAAGAGUGAUGGUGAUCUUAUUCCAGCAGCUAGACGUAUGCAGUAUGAAUAUAUAUCAGCUCUCAAAUAUAUCCGUCCAAAGAGUAAGCAUUGGUCAAUUCCUGUAAAACGCAUAUCAUCAUUAACAGGGGAAGGUAUUGAUGAGUUAUGGGACCUUAUGCAAAAAUACAGGAAAAUUAUGGAAGACUGCGGUAAAUUUGUAAGUUGCCGUAGAUCACAACGACGAGCAUGGCUUUGGACGCAUCUGAAAGAUAGCCUAGUUUCUACUUUUAUAAAUUCUUCUGGGCUAAAGGAGAAAAUAGAUCAAAUUGAACAGGAGGUGAUGGAUGGAGUGUUAUCUCCUGGUGAUGCUGCAGACAUACUGCUUCAGGAACAUAUUGAUGUCUUAAAGCAAAAAGAUAGAAAGAUUUAGUUCAAAGUUUCUACUAAGGUACAAAGUAUAUAAAUUACCUAUGUAGUUCAGUUCAAAAGGGACACAUUUUAGUUUAGUUUUGAGUUUGUAAUACAAAGACAGUUUGUAAUAACUAAACAUGGCUGCAAAUGUCAUUCCUUGUACUGUCUGUAUAUACAGUAUUCUGGGUGCAUUGUCAUGAAUUGCCUACUUGUUAUAUUUAUUCUCCAUAUAUACUGUAUUAUAUUAUUACUACAGUAUAAAGUAUAUAGGGUGCAGUACAUGAUUAUGGUAUUUACGUGUGUUUAAAAUAGUGGUUUUGAAUUUUAGUACAGUACAGUAUUUAGACCAAAUUGUGUUUACUUUGUAAACUAUACAGUAAUAUAGUGCUACAGAAUGUGGAAUUUUGAUCUUGUAUUUUUUCUAUAGGCAUGUAAGGAUAAUAAAAUUUGAGUAAUUGAUUAUAAAUCUUUAUUGUUAUAGCAGCAGAAUUUUAAUUUUCCCCAGAUCCAAAUUUAUAUGAUCUAAGAUAUCACAGUAGGUAGGUAAACCUGCAUUGAUAUUUUAGAGUACAAUACUGUACUGUACGUGGUCAACAGAAUGACUUCAGAUAUAUUACUACUACACCAAUACACUGUAUUGGAUGAAUGUUUAAUGGCAGCACUUAUGAGAAAUUUAUGAAUUACCACAGCUUGGACAAAAAUAAUGCUCAUGAUUUGGUGAUGGGGCGAGUAGUACAAUAAAAAUAUUCUUGUCCUUGUAGCAUGGUACAGUGAGUUCUGCUAUAACGCGUGUUUUGAUAACGCGAUUUAUGAAUUAGGAACGAUAUUUGUAUAAUGC